UUGAGUAUUUCGAUUGCUCAACCUCAAUAAAGCGGAAGGAACCGUGCAUUUAAUAGUGGAAGGUGAGUGAUUGCGAUUGAGAUGUCCUCCAACUUCAAUGGGCAAAAAGCCGUGCCUUUUACAGAGAAGAUGAAGUCCACAAACUCUUCCCAUCUCCAUCUUCAAUGGUGAGAAGAAUUCGCAGAGAAUUUGCAGCAAUGGCAAGUUCCACUGACAUAGUUUAACUGUAGUCCGAACUCAAUUGGGAGCUGGGAUUUGCUUAGCUGCGCAAUUAGGUUAAUCGAUUCCCACCACCAAGAAUCAUGAUCUUCGAAAACCGCCUCCUCGCAUAUUGGUCUUUCUUGAUUAUCAUGCUCUGUUUGCUUCAAACCUCUCAUGCUUGUACCCCUUCUCAUUGCGGCAUUAUUCCCAAUAUCAGCGAUCCUUUCCGGCUGAAGGGUGAUCCGAUGAACUGUGGCGAUUCCAAAUACGAAUUAGCCUGCGAAAACAAUGUCACCGUCAUGUAUUUGAGUUCUCACAAGUAUUUGGUCAAAUCAAUCAACUACGGGAACUCCACCAUAAGGUUGGUUGAUGCUUCCAUCACUGAUGAAGCCUGCUCCUUCCCUAAGCACUCUACUUAUGCCUAUAACUUCAGAGACCAAUAUCCGUUUAGCACAAGUUCUGAUUGGAUUUUCAAGGAUAAAAACGAUCCCGGUGUAGCUUGGCCUAUUAAUGUCGUGAGCUGCCCUUAUCGGUUGGAGGAUUCUUCAAACUUUACAGACGUCACUGGCUGUUUCAGUGGGGAAAAUUCCGUUGGUGUUUCAAAUUCGUCUCGUGCUAGAUAUACUUAUGUGAAGGUUGGGGGCAUGAGGGCCUCGGAUGUAGGAGAUAAAUGUAGUGUAGACCUCAUUGUGAUGACAUCUUUGAAAUUUAAGAGUUUCAAGAAUGUAACUCUCUCGAGAAUACAUGAUGCUCUGCUGUACGGAUUUGAACUGUCUUGGUUUCAGUUUCGCUGUAUAGAAUGCAAAGGAGGAUGGGAGUGUACUACUAUUGACGAAAAACUGGAUGGCUGUUCGGACGACACCCUUCAGCUUAAGAUUGAUUUUAAUUCGUCGGGAACCAAAUUUCUCUUGUGGGCAUUUUUUUGGUACGUUAUGAUUCUUCUGCUCGUCUUAGCGUGUAGGCUAGAGGUUUUGAUCAUCACCGGAUUCACCUUUGUAUGGGGACUUUUGAUACUAAGUAACUCAGCUUGGUUCUUCAAUUCAGUCAAUGGGGUUUUCAUGAAACUUCUGGUCAUCGUUGUGAUCAGCUAUGCAGCAAAGAUCAUCAUUGCAUAUCCUUGUGUGAUGGGGAUUCUAGUCUACAAGUUCCGAAGAAGGCAUCUAUCUUCGUAUGAUGACAUAGAGGGCUUCCUGCAAAGCGACAAUCAGCUCGUGCCAAUUAGGUACUCCUAUUCAGACUUGAAGAGGAUGACAAGAGGCUUCCGAGAAAAACUAGGUGAAGGUGGUUUCGGUGCUGUUUACAAAGGGAAGCUUCGAAGUGGCCAUGACGUGGCAGUGAAACUACUUGGGAAGGCAGGACCAAAUAGCAAAGACUUCUUCAAUGAAAUUUCUACCGUCGGAAGGAUCCAUCAUGUCAAUAUCGUCAAGCUAGUCGGGUAUUGUGCAGAAAGAUCGAAGCAUGCCCUUAUAUUUGAUUUCAUGCCUAAUGGUUCCCUUGAAAAGUACCUCUUUGGCCGCGAAAAGAUGAAUUCUUUGAACUGGAAUAGUAAAUUUGAGAUUGCAGUCGGAGUGGCUCGAGGGAUUGAGUAUCUGCAUCGAGGCUGUGAUAUCCAAAUCUUGCAUUUUGACAUAAAGCCGCACAAUAUACUUCUCGAUGAAAAUUUCAUUCCCAAAAUCUCUGAUUUCGGGCUAGCAAAAUUUUACUCUACGGAAAAGAAUACUGUGACUCUGACUGCUGCUAGAGGAACCAUAGGCUAUGUUGCUCCUGAAUUGAUCAGUAGAAGUAUCGGUGCCGUUUCUUACAAAGCAGAUGUAUAUAGUUUCGGAAUGCUGCUAAUGGAAAUGGUAGGCUUAAAGAGAGACUUGCCAGGAAAUGCUAAUGAGUCUAGCCAGUGUUUCCCAUAUUGGAUAUACGACUGCUAUAACCAAGGGAAGGAUGUUGAAUUCGGAAAUGUUGACGAAAUCAGCAACGAAGACAAUGAGAGAGUCAGGAAAACUAUUAGGAAGAUGACGAUAGUUGCAUUGUGGUGCACACAAAUGAGUCCAGACGCUCGGCCUUCAAUGAAUAAAGUGAUAGAAAUGUUGGAAGGAGACGUCGAACGCCUACAGAUUCCUGAUCGUCCCUCGGAAUCAAUCCAGGUCGCAGUAGAUGAUGAUCAAAGCUAUGGUACUACUACUGCUACUACUAGCUCGAUUGAUCAAGUGUCCUUGCUCCAUCGUACUUAUCCUUCGUCGAGCCUUGGCACUUAUGCUCUAGAUUCGGAUCCGAAACUGUAAAUAUGUCAUGUGAUGAAAUUCAUCAAUUUGCUUGAAUUAUUUGAUCUGAUCAGAUCCCCCAGUGCUGUAACUCCUUUAAGGAGGUUUGUAUUCUGUGUUUGCUAUAAUGUUAAUCACAACCAUUUCCACUAA